CGCUUAUCUAUUUGUUAGGUUUUAAUCAAUUAACCUCUCUAUAUAAAUUGUGAAUCACAUGUAAGAAAGACGCAGUUGGCUUGAAUAGUGAAAAUGCGAGGUGUUUUCGUGUUUACGUUUCUGGCCGUGGGGCUGGCCACAGUCAGCUCUCAGCCUUCAAUGAGGAUAAUGGGUGGUACACUCACAACCAUCGAGUCGUAUCCUUACAUCACUUCACUCCUUCGGUCGCAGAAUAUGGUAUCUUAUUCGCAAACCUGUGCCGGUAGUAUUCUGACAAACCGAGCCAUCUUGUCUGCCGCACAGUGUUUUGUCGGUGAUACAACAAUUCAUUGGCGGAUCCAGGCUGGGUCCACGUGGGCCAACAGCGGCGGCACCGUAUACAACAUUGAACGGAUAAUCAGCCAUCCAAAUUUCAAUGCGCGCACGUUCGAUAGUAAUAUCGCUAUACUUCGAACUGCUACACCUCUUAUGUUUUCCAACACCGUAAGCAAUGGCCACAUCGCUGGCACUACCUACCAGUUACUCGAUAAUCAAGCUGUAUGGGCUCUAGGAUGGGGAGCAACUUCGUUUGGAGGUGCCAAGUCUGAGCAGUUACGUCACGUGCAGAUCUGGACCGUAAACCAACAGCAAUGUAUUAAUCGCUACGCUGCUCUCGGAUAUACUAUCACAGAUAAUAUGCUUUGCUCUGGUUGGCUGGAUGUUGGCGGCCGUGACCAAUGCCAGGACGACGCUGGCGGCCCCCUAAUCCACAACUCCAUAAUUGUUGGGGUUUGCUCCUGGGGUCACCAGUGUGGGCUCGCACGUUACCCCGGUGUAAACACACGCGUUAGUCGAUUCACUCCAUGGAUUCAGGCAAAUGCAUAAAAUUGCUAAAUCAUAUAUAUUAAAAAGGAAAAGUUAUUAAUUUAAAUAAACCUUAUAAAUAAUAAGUACAAAUAAUAUUUG